AUGCGUGCAGCCUUAACUGUAUCUCCUGCUGAAGAAGAGAACUUGAAUCAUUAUGUCCAAGUCCUACAGAAGCUCAUACAAAGUGUUCCCACGGGAGAUCCUGCCCAAGAGAAAGGGUUAGCGUCCCCCGUCACCACUGAUGCCAAAGGCUCCCCGGCCUCGCCGUCUUCACCGUCUGAGCUCACCAGCGAACCUGCCACGGCACUGCCAUCUGAGCUCACCAGCGAACCUGCCACGGCACUGCCAUCUGAGCUCACCAGCGAACCUGCCACGGCACCGUCGUCUGAGCUCACCAGCGAACCUGCCACGGCACCGUCGUCUGAGCUCACCAGCGAACCUGCCGCGACAUCGCCGUCUUCACCCUCGGAGCUCACCAGUGAACCUGCCGCGACAUCGCCGUCUUCACCCUCGGAGCUCACCAGUGAACCUGCCGCGACAUCGCCGUCUUCACCCUCGGAGCUCACCAGUGAACCUGCCGCGACAUCGCCGUCUUCACCCUCGGAGCUCACCAGUGAACCUGCCGCGGCUUCGUCUUCCCUGUCUGAGCUCAUCAGUGAACCUGCCGCGGCUUCCGAGCCCAGCGACCCCGGCGCGGACUUGGCGGGCCUGAGCUUGGGCCCGGGCAGCGGGGCGCCCCCUACCAGAGGCCGGAGGAAGCGCACCAGCACGGCCUUCUGGUCCAUCAAGCCCAACAACGUCUCGGUGGUCCUGCGCGCCGAGGAGCCGUACAUUGAGAAGGAGGAGCCCGAGCCCGAGCCCGAGCCCGAGCCCGAGCCCCAGCCCCGUGUGACCCCGAGGUCGCCGCGCGUCCGCUUGCCGUCCCCGCCGAGAGGGCGGAUCACCAUUAGCACCAGGAGCACGCACGUGGACAUCUCCACCGAGGCCGAGGAUGUCCCCCAGCUGUCGGGCGUGGCGGUGGGGGCGGGCUACGGAGAGCCCUUUGAACGCCACCCCCAGAGUCCGAGCAACAGCGACAUCCUGCGGAAGAUCGCGGCCCUCAACGCGCAGAUCAAGCGCGGGCCAGUCCGGGACCGCGACAACCCCAGGUACCGGAAGUACAUCGAGGCCUCCCGCGACCACCUGAAGCGGAGCCUGGCGCUGGCGGCGGCCGCGGAGCACCGGCUGCAGAAGAUGUACCGGUCGCACGUGUUUUCAGAGGCGCCAUCUAGUCACGAUAUCGAUGACAUUGAAACUGUUAUUAACAUGCUGUACAAUUCCAGGUCGAAAUUGCCAGAUUAUCUAGAUACCAAGUAUAUUCCAUCAGAGAUGAAAGAAAGGGCUUCGACAGUAGUUCUGAUAUUGAAGAGAACAUUAUGUUUAGGUCAAGUAGAAACCCAGAGUCUCAUUAGGAAGUUAUUAAGAAAUAAUAUGAAAAUUUUGAACCUCCUCGAUAUUACAUGA